CAUCCCGGUAUUGCAGCAGAUGCCCUAUUCGAUCAACUGUACCGCAAACCCCAGAUGACCAUGCUGAUGGGGAGUCAGUGCUCAGACGUCUCCAAACACAUAGCGCAGAUUGUUCCAUAUUGGAAUCUUGUUAUGGUCUCUUACGGCUCCACUUCAGUGACACUCACCGACAGGGAGAAUUACCCGACAUUUUUUAGGACGGUGGCCCCCGAUUCUUCCCACAAUGCAGCCAAGGCGGCCUUUUUGGAUCACUUCGGAUGGCACGAGGUUUCAAGUCUGAUGCAGGAUGAAGAGCUGUUCUCACUGGCACUGUCUGAGUUUACAAGAUAUCUACAAUCCUACAGUAACAUAACGAUUCUGACGUCACUCAACAUCGAAGAUGACCUGCCGUCUAAGAUGCAGCAGCUUCAAGACCUCGAUGCCCGUGUGAUAAUUGGGAAUUUUCAGGAGAGCACUGCAAGGGCUGUUUUCUGUCAGGCCUACAAGAGUGAAAUGUACGGCUCUAAGUACGUCUGGCUACUACCAGGUUGGUUUCAGAGAGAGUGGUGGCGUGCCGAAGACGAUACGGAUUGUACGGCCGAUGAAUUAGCCAAGACGGUAGCCGGUUACUUCGCCAUCGAUAGCUUGGACAUCAAUAUAGAUAACAGAAGCUCCAUCUCGGGUCUUACAUCCAACGCCUUCGAGCUAGAGAUGCUAAGAAGAGGCGUGUCCACGGCUGGUAGCUACGCCCCUCACUCCUACGAUGCCGUCUGGACCAUAGCACUAACCAUCAAGUCGGCCAUGGAUCAUUUAAAUAGGACGGAGGGAGCCAAUGGGAACUCGAGUUGGAUGCACGUGGGGCAUCGUGGGAGUGGCUUCACGUAUGAUAACCAACCAAUGAGGGACCUGUAUACGGAAAUCGUGUCCGAUCUACGUUUUACGGGAGUAUCGGGACCUGUGAGAUUUAAGGGACCGGACCGUUAUGGUGUGACGACCUUUCGACAAAAUCAGGGAGGAGAGAUGAAACUAGUCGGUUUAUACUUCCCAGAGGAAGCAAAGUUAGUCUUCGAGGGAAAAGACCUCACACCCGUUUUCUGGGAAGGGGGACUCCUACCCGUUGAUAAGCUACGGGUGUAUGAUCAACGUCUUCGUAUUAACUAUGUCGCAUACAUCACCACCACUGCCUUGUCAGCGUGUGGAUUAAUACUGGCCGGCGUCUUCUUAUUCUUCAAUAUCAAUUAUCGCAAAACAAAGUUUAUCAAAUUAUCUAGCCCCAAUCUGAAUAACAUAACGAUAGUCGGGUGCAUCAUGGUGUACGUCGCAGUCAUCAUGCUGGGCCUUGAGUCAGAGAGAGUCGGGUUACAAGUUUUCACACCGCUUUGCACGAUACGUGCAGCCUUUUUAAUGAUUGGGUUUUCAUUCGCAUUUGGGUCAAUGUUCGUCAAAACCUAUCGUGUCUACCACAUCAUUACCCACGCUACCAGCAGGGUUAUCAAACGAAAGAUGCUGCACGAGUCAACCUUGUUCCUCAUGAUAGGAAUGUUAUUACUUAUAGACGUUAUUAUAUUGACGGUCUGGAGCAUCCUCGACCCAAUGAUUAGAGUGGAGGAAAGACUACCAAAAGAGUCAUCAAACGAUACCGUAGCCUUCGUUCCAAUCGUCGAGGUGUGUCGCUCUAAGAAUCUCUCCAUCUGGCUAGGAUUAGUCUACGCUUACAAGGGACUCCUACUUCUAUUUGGGCUGUUCUUAGCUUGGGAAACAAGGAAAGUCAAAAUUCCAGCUUUAAAUGACUCUCAUUAUAUAGCGGUCUGCGUCUACAACGUGACAAUAAUGAGCAUCCUAGCCGUGGUGGUAUCAAACCUCGUGACCCGUGGUGAUCAACUCACCACAUCCUUCGUUCUAGUCACCGUCUGCAUAUGUAUCACCACCACCAUGACCUUGUGCUUCCUCUUUGUUCCAAAGGUGUACACUAUUCACGCUGUUCAUCUUGGUGCUGACCCCGUGACGAAAUCAGUGGGGUUAGAGAUCAAAGGUCGUACGAGACGCUUCGUAACGGACGAGACAACCGAGAUGAAAGAGAGUAUAUACAGGGCCGAAGUACAGAUGAGGGCGUUUAGAAAAGAAAAGAAUAAGUUGGACCAGCGCAUUGCUGAUCUGGAAGCUCGUCUACGCAUGGUCAGUAAGCCUGACUAUGCGGACAGUAGCAGCGGGGACGAGGUUGAAUGGAUGGGUGACCUCUGUCAAGAGAAGGAUAUGUACAUGCUUUUGCAUCUCCCGGAGACGAGUAUACAGGAUACCGGACCGUCAGAGCGUCCUUAUCAAAACCACGUGAAAACGUUUGAGCACGAGGCAGAAUUGCACUGUUUAUUGCAGAGAGACGAUUCCGGUCGCCAUUCUUUGGACUCUAGGAGCGUCAGUAAUUAUACGACAGAACUUCCUGAGAAUCACUGUUCGAACGUGGGUGAUGACCCAGACUCGAACACCCCGUCACCAUCCAGGUCAGCUAAGCAGCAACACGCUGAACUGUGUCUUCAAAACUCAAACAAAUACCAGUAUCAUUUACAGGAGAACCCGGUAGUAGCGCGCUCGAUGAGGAAACACCCGCCGUUGAUUAAGAGCUUAUCCUCGGGGAGUGUCCCUCGGAGGCACACGCUGGUGUCGUCAAUCGACGGACCAAACAGAUGCAUCAAAAAUGACGCAAUAUGCCGGUACUCGUCACCCGCUCGUACCGUUGGGGGCGGGCCUGCCAGGCGUUCCCAUAGCAACAGCGAGAGGCGGGAAAGUGCCCGUUUUCAUAACGAGGUGAGGCGCCUCGUUGUGGAGAUGCGGAGUGUACAGAUGAGGUUGCUACAACUGAAUGAGAAGCCGGAAAUGAUUUACUACGUCUGACAAAGGUCAAGUCUUAGGUUUCACAUCUUCGAGGUCUACCUCCUUGGUCAUCUUCAAUCUCCAAUCUUAUCAACCAUUAUUAGUCACUGUGUUCGAAUUUUCGGGGAAAUCAUCAAUUAAAGCCUGGUUUAUUUUCCUGCGAAGGACAGUUGGCCUACAGUCAUACAUAGAGAAUAAAGAAAUAAUGUUCCGUUUAAUUAUAUAUCAGAAAGCCUGAUUACCACAAUCAAAUUGAAACUGCAUAAUGACAUAAAAAGAAGCAUGAACUGAACUAAACUACACAAUUUUGCUCUGUUGCUGAAUAUACGAACAGAGGAACACAUUAUUCAAAAUGACUCGGUUUUGCAGUACUUUUGCGUAACACAGAGCGUUUGCAAGUCUAUAAGGGUGAAAUAUUGCGUAUUUUCGAAGAUCCCUGCUUUUGCUACGACAUUGGGUCUCUGGCAUUUUGAAAACAUGCACGGGGUUGAACAGGGAUUAUAACAUGCGUAUUUUUACUUUUUUUUUUUUAUAGACAUGGACACUAUUGGUUAUUGUCAAUUCCCAAAGAUCAGUUAUCUCA